AUGCCCCAGUAUCAUGCCCCGACCUCCAGCGCUCAAUCCCCUUCCCCACUCCGUCCUGAAAUCCUAAGUUAUACCCCGCCAUGCCCCCCACCAUGCCCCAGUAUCAUGCCCCGACCUCCAUCGCCCAAUCCCCUUCCCCAGUCUUUCCCGACUCCACCAUGCCCCUUGCGAUGCCCCAGUAUCAUGCCCCGACCUCCAUCGCUCAAUCCCCUUCCCCAGUCCCUCCUGACUCCACCAUGCCCCUUGCGAUGCCCAAAUAUCAUGCCCCGACCUCCAUCGCUCAAUCCCCUUCCCCAGUCCCUCCUGACUCCACCAUGCCCCUUGCGAUGCCCAAAUAUCAUGCCCCGACCUCCCAUCGCUCAAUCCCCCUUUCCCCAGUUCCCCUUUCUCCCCUGUAAAAAGUUCAUCAAACUGAUGGUUUACCAGUUGACAGGAUGA